GCGGGCCGUGGGGGGUCGAGGCCGCGGUUGGAGCGGGCGGAGGCCUCGGCGAAGACGUCGGGGCUCCCGGGACAUGUGGGGACCGGGGACUGGAGCUGGCGGCCGGGGCCACCCGGGCAUGUUGGGCCGGGGGCGGGCGGGGGCAGCGCUUGGGCCGCCGUGACGCGGACACCGAGCCCGGCCGGGUGGAGCGGGAGGCGGGGGCCAGGCGGCUCUACCUCGUCGCGAACUCUCGAUGAUCUUGGCCAAGUUCACUUCAUUCCUCCUGAGCCAGCGUCUUCGUCAGUAAAGCGCGAAUCACAACCCCUGCCUCCUAGAUGGGCCGUUUUAAGGUUCAGUGGCGGGAACCCCUGAACAUCCCUGGAGUGGGCAGUUUGCCCGGGACUCGGCCACUUAGGGUGAUGAGCAUGCACAUACCCAUCCUCUGACUUGCUGCCCCUCCACUGACAUGGCCCACCGGGGUGGGGAGAGGGACUUCCAGACUUCAGCUCGGCGCAUGGGCACGUCAUUGCUUUUCCAGCUUUCAGUACACGAACGGGAGCUGGACCUGGUUUUUCUGGAUCAUAGCUAUGCCAAGCCUUGGAGUGCCCACCCAGAUGCCAGUAGUGCUCGCCCCACCCGCAUGCUCUUUGUCACUCCGCGUCGGCAGCAUGAAAGUACCAUUGAAUCAGAUGUCCCAAUAGACGUGGAGACGGUCACAUCAACCCCUAUGCCACUCUAUGACAAUCAGAAGGCACGAAGCGUGAUGAAUGAAUGUGAAAGGCAUGUCAUCUUUGCCAGGACUGAUGCAGAUGCUCCUCCCCCACCAGAGGACUGGGAGGAGCAUGUCAACAGGACUGGCUGGACAAUGGCCCAGAACAAGCUGUUUAACAAGAUCCUCAAAGCCCUGCAGUCUGACCGCCUUGCCCGCUUGGCCAAUGAAGGGGCUUGUAAUGAGCCAGUGCUGCGUCGUGUUGCUGUGGACAAGUGUGCGAGGAGAGUGCGGCAGGCUCUGGCAAGUGUGAGCUGGGACACCAAGCUGAUCCAGUGGCUUCACACCACCCUUGUGGAGACGUUGAGUCUGCCCAUGCUGGCAGCCUACCUGGAUGCUUUGCAGACACUAAAAGGGAAGAUCCCGACCUUGAUUGACCGAAUGCUUGUGUCAUCUAACACUAAGACAGGGGCUGCAGGAGCUGAGGCCUUGUCUCUCCUACUGAAGAGGCCGUGGGACCCUGCUGUGGGGGUGCUUUCCCAUAAUAAACCAAGUAAACUCCCUGGCUCUCCUUUGAUUCUCAUCGCCUCCUCUGGCCCCUCCAGCUCUGUGUUUCCCACCUCACGCCGUCACCGCUUCUGGCAGUCUCAGCUCUCCUGCUUAGGCAAGGUCAUCCCUGUAGCCACUCAUCUGCUGAACAAUGGUAGUGGGGUAGGAGUUCUGCAGUGUCUCGAGCAUAUGAUUGGGGCAGUGAGAAGCAAAGUGCUGGAGAUUCACAGCCAUUUCCCACACAAACCCAUUGUCUUGAUUGGCUGGAACACAGGAGCUUUGGUGGCCUGUCAUGUGUCAGUGAUGGAGUAUGUCACUGCAGUUGUCUGCCUUGGGUUUCCUCUGCUUACCGUGGACGGCCCCAGAGGGGAUGUAGAUGAUCCCCUCUUGGAUAUGAAGACUCCAGUCCUCUUUGUCAUUGGUCAGAAUUCCCUGCAGUGUCACCCUGAAGCCAUGGAGGACUUCCGGGAGAAAAUUCGGGCUGAGAAUAGUUUGGUGGUGGUUGGGGGAGCUGAUGAUAAUCUCAGAAUAAGCAAAGCAAAGAAGAAAUCAGAAGGGUUGACUCAGAGCAUGGUGGAUAGAUGUAUCCAGGAUGAGAUCGUGGACUUUCUCACUGGUGUGCUCACUCGCGCUGAGGGUCAUGUAGGCUCAGAGCCUCGGGAUCAGGAUGCUGAAAAGAAGAAGAAGCCCCGUGACGCAGCCCGUAGAGACCUGGCCUUUGAAGUCCCGGAGCGGGGCAGUCGACCUGCCUCCCCAGCUGCCAAGCUGCCUGCCUCACCCUCAGGCUCAGAGGAUCUCUCCAGUGUGUCCAGCAGCCCCACCUCCAGCCCCAAGACCAAAGUAACCACAGUGACCUCUGCCCAGAAGUCCAGUCAGAUUGGGAGCUCUCAGCUGCUAAAGAGACAUGUGCAGCGGACCGAAACUGUGCUGACCCACAAACAAGCCCAAGCACAGUUUGCUGCUUUUCUGAAACAAAAUAUGCUGGUGAGGAAAGCUCUUCCUCCCGGCACCUCCUCCUGUCUCUUUGUUCCCAUUUCAUCAGAACCAACGGAGGAAACAGAGAAAGAGGAUCUUAGGGUCCAGCUGAAGCGGCACCAUCCGUCAAGUCCUCUUCUUGGAAGUAAGACCUCCAAGCGACCGAAGAUAAAGGUGUCCCUUAUCUCCCAGGGGGACACAGCUGGAGGGCAUUGUGCUCUUUCCCAAGGAGGAGCUCCAGAAACUGCAGGUGGGAAGCCUAUCACCAUGGCAUUGGGGCAGGCUUCAGCAGCAGCCAAGGAGCUCACAGGAAUUCUCACCACAGCCAGGUCAAGUGCUUCUGAAGGUGGACUCUCAGCCAGCCCAACCCCAUCAGUAGUCGUGAGCAGCAGUGCGCCUAGUGGUUUGCACACAAUCCAGAGCCGCUUGGUGGCCACCUCUCCUGGCAACACCCUUCAAGGGGCCACAUCAGCCAGCAGUCUCCUCCAAGGCCUCAGCUUCAGUUUGCAGGAUAUCAGCAGUAAGACCUCUGGCCUCCCAGCAAAUCCUUCCCCAGGGCCGGCCCCACAGGCUACCAGUGUGAAGUUGCCCACCCCCAUGCAGAGCCUGGGUGCCAUCACCACGGGCACCAGCACCAUUGUCCGUACCAUUCCUGUGGCCACCACUCUCUCCUCCUUGGGUGCCACUCCUGGUGGGAAGCCCACAGCCAUCCACCAGCUGCUGACCAAUGGGGGCCUCGCUAAGUUGGCAAGCAGCCUCCCUGGCCUGGCUCAGAUCUCUAACCAAGCAUCAGGCUUGAAAGUCCCUACCACUAUUACUCUGACACUCCGUGGCCAGCCAAGCAGAAUCACCACAUUGAGCCCUAUAGGCUCGGGAGCAGCCCCAACUGAGGAGCCCACCUCCCAGGUGCUGCCCUGCAGCUCACAGCGCCUGCCUCCAGCACCCUGAAGAUGCCAUGUGAUAUGUCCUCCUCACCAGGUUGGUGAUGGCUACCUCAUGGUGGGCCCUGGACACAUGCGGAGUCCUGCUGAGCUGUCCAUGUGUCUGAAGACCUCUUUAAGACAGCCAUUUUUGCCUCUGCCAACUCUCUUCAGGGUUGGGCCUUUGGGUCUUCAGAGAAGCUGUUAGGUUAGGUGAUAACGGCACCAACAAGGGAAGCACCAUCCUCUAGGAUCUGCAAGUACAGUUCCAGAAUCCCCAGCCUCAGCAGAUCUGGCUGUGCAUGGAUCAGAGCAUACUUCCUUGCUUAAAAUGAGGUUUGGCCCUAGUUUCAGUGUUGGACUGAGCACUGCAUUACAUGAAGGAAUUUCCUUUUGGAAGUCUGCACUACCCCCUGUACCCAUUUGGGAAGAGAUGUCCACAUUGUCUAGGGCCACAGUAGUUAAGAUCGAAAGCCCUUUGCUAAGGACUGGGUUCGUCCUGGCUUACAGGCUGGUGGUUCAGAGCCAAAAGGUAUUGCUUUAGAUAUCACUGUUGGCCUUCACUGAGCAGCCACAGGAGAGUGUUUCCUAUGCAACUCCCUUCAGAAACCACACCAGAUACUGAAUAACCUGCUGAGACUUGGAAACUUAAGAUUUUUGUGUUUCACAAUGAAGGCAUAGAGAACUGGGCUGUCAUCUUUCCUCUCUUUUGGCAUACUCUAGAUGUGGGAAGCAGUGGUUGCCAGGAGGUGAGAGCUGGCUCCAUUUUCCUUUUUACCAUGCUUUGAGCAAUUCCUAUAUCCAGAGAGUUUUCAGGUCCAGAUAGGCUGAAGAAGAGGAAUAGAACAGCAAAGUACAUGGGUUAAAGAACAUGCCAUAAGCCUUAUGGUGAAAAGAACUUGGGUGUGGGUCUCUGCGUCUGGCACCUAAGGAACUGGUGAUUCAGCUGGAGAGGAGAAGAAUUUGCCAAGUCAGAGGGAAGAAAGUCCAAACCCUGAAAGUCCUACCUUCAGUGCCUGAAGGUGAAGUAGGAACAACAAGCUGCAUAGAAUUUUGGCCUUUGCUGGAAGGUUGGGGCAUCAGAACACAAAGAUUGUGCUUUAGAGUUUUUGUUUCUGGAACUUUUUGUUUUUUGCUUAGAAGUUGGAAGAUUACUGGCAGUGACUACUGUGCAGGGCUAUUGGUACUCACCUGAGCCCAGCAGGUAGUAAUCCCUGGAAAAAUGGUCAAGAAGAUGGUGCUCUGAGCUUGUCCUUACCUCUUUAUAACACUUGUGUACAAAGAUAGUUAGGUUUGUCUUAGAACUUACCCUCCAGAGCAGCUUCCUUUCUGUUCUAUACUUAGAAUGUUUUCAGUCAAGGUAAUGCAUAGAGCAACCCAAGUGUGAUCUUCUCAGUGUCCUUUUCUAUAGGCAGGGAGAGCCACAGCAUGACUCAAAUUGUGGUCCAGGUCCUGACCCACACUGCAUUAUGUAUCAGUCUUUACCAGGCCCCCGUGUUCAGUUCAGUUAGUGGCAGCUAGAUGGGAUUAAGUGUGCAGGAGUCUCGGAUGAGGCUGGUCAGGGAGGCUGUACCUUCCCUCACUGAUCUGACAAACUGGUCUCAGUAAUAUAUCACAAAAAUUUAGGCUGGAUUUUUGCAUUAGCUUGUAGACAACUUUCUGAAAUGUCUGAAAUUCAGGAGGUAUUUAUUAUAAUAAAUUUGGGGAAGGUACAAAAUUUGAAAAAGGCCUUCAGGAUUCAGGUGGUUGAUAGCUUUACAAAUAGGAUCAUAACACACUAAAAGAGCAGAGAACAGUAAGGCUGUACAAGGCUAUGUGGAACUUUUAGGAAUUAAUUAGGACAGACAGAAGGUCUUAAAACACCUAUUCUUGACUUAGGAGAGCAGCCUAGAUGAUGCUGCAAGGGCUGCUCCUGAAAGAUGCUGGCCUGAUGUGUACUGGGGCCAAAGAGAAACUAACAAGUUGGCCAGCCUUUGUGGUCAGUCCUAAUGUGCUUCCCCCUAUGGAUGACUUCCUGAGGCUUGGGCUAUACAACUUGGAGAAAUCCAGAACUGUGGAGAAGGGGAGCCGUGAGAACAUUGAUGGUUCUACACCUUGAGGGACAGGCUAAUAGGGGAACCGGUUGAAGUUUAUUGAGUCAUGUUCCCCAGUUCCCUUCUCAAACCACUUCUUGAAAUGUGAAAGGAAGGUUUACCUAUUUCAUAGCAAACCUUGAGUCUAUACUUCAGAAGGUGAUGUAAUUGGUGGAAAAUGUAGAAAGAUAAAGAAGGCCUUAAAUUCUUGGAUGACAGAUGUAUGUUGAUACCUUAUGGAAGAUUUCCUUGGGCUUUGAGAAGAGGUCACUGAGGGAGGAAGAUGUUCUCUUUACUCUUUGUCCUAAUAAUGGAACAAUCUUGGACUGUAUGGGGUUAUAGAGCUGAGCCCCUGUGGCAAUUCUAUUCUUACAGUAGCAAGAACAAUUAAAAAAGCCAAAACCACCUUUGGAUUGCUUCACCUUGUUUUCAGUUGACUUCUCAUGUGUAUUCUGGUUACUACCAAUAAAGUGGGCACAGAAAAUAUAGCUAAAAUAAUUGUACUAGUGAUCAUCUCAGUGAUGCCACAUAGUAUGAGAUGGGUACUUUAAUUCCCUUUUUACAGGUGAGGAAACUGAGGCACAGAGAAGUCACACAGCAGAAAGUGGCAGAAGCAGGACUGGAACCCAGGCAGUCUGAUAUCAGAGUCUGUUCUACUCUGCACUGUUCUGGGAUUCUGAGAUUCUGAGAUGGGAGGCUGGAAAUGGAGGUUAGCCCAGGAGGUGAGGUGAUGGUGGUUUGGCCUACAUGUUAUCCCUUUCAAUUUACUUCUCACCAGGUCAAGAAUAAAUGAUGCUGUUGUGGGAUGAGACGAGGAGGGUGAGGGGAGGGUUCUUGGCUGGGCCUGAGUCAGGAGGCGGAGUCACUCACCCUUGAUCCUGAGAGAUCAGUAUCCCUUUGCACAUCCUAUACUUCACCUACCCUUAAUAAAUAAAUACUUAGAGAUAAAUGAAUGAACUCCAACCUCUAGAUUUGUGAACUUGUUUCCAAGAGGACCUUUCUUCCAACCCUUAAUUUCUGGGUCCCUAUACUUGGCACUGGAGCCCUCUGGGUGGAGACUGUUCUAGUAAACUGCUUGUAAUAUCUAGUUUACCUGGGCACAUCUUGUUACUGUCCUUUAGUGGAGACCUGGUACAGGUGCUCUUCCCGCCCUCUCAACUCUAGUCUUACUAACUCUGCUGGGGUGGAUGAAGUAAGAGGAUGAUUAGAUUGCUUAAGUGACAGCCAUCUUAUUUCAGAAGUGUAGGGACAGGACUGUAGCAAAUUAUGAUGCAGACAAGUCUUUGUUACUUUAUUUUCUUUUCAAGCAUAUGUUUUAGUCAAGAUUGAUGGUUGCAAGAAGAAGAAACCUAUUUAUUCAGCAAAAUAGCUAUAAAGGGGAAUAUUUUCUCAAGGGGCAUUCUUAUAGACGAGGAUCCUCACAGUUUUUGCUGUUUGCCCCAUGACCUCAGUUGGCUUGCACUUACUGGGAACCAGUUUUGAUCACACCAUCACAGGGCUUUUCAGCUGUGGGGACCUUCAUGGGUGGCCAGUCUCCCUGUCUUUCAGUUCAAAUUCUGAAGACAACCUGAUUGGUUCAGUCUCAUUUGUAAAUUGGUUCUUCUUAUCCCUUCCCUUUUGGUCUAGUAAUGGUGUCUAGAGGAUGAAGUCAUGUGGUUCAUGUUAUUACUUUUCUAACAAGUCUUUAGGGAUUAAAAAACACACACACACUGUUGGGCUAUUUAGAUAUAUGUGUGUUUUUAAUUUGCAGUGACAUUAUAGGGAGGUCCAUGUCUCAUUUACCAUGUUUUCCCCAGGGCUUGCAUCUCAUAUAACUAGUAGUUCAAAACGAAAACCAGUAAAAUGACUCUGACAUGAUGUGUGUACAUAGUUCUAUAUAAUUUUAUCCCUAUAACCACAAUCAAGACACAGAACUGUCCCAUCAGCACAAAGCUCUCCCUCAUGCUACCUCUUUAUAGUCAUACACCCAGCCAUUUCCAACCCACCAUUCCUAACCCAUGGUAAUCACUAACUUCUUCUACAUCUCUAGACAUAGAAUGAUGUAUGCCAUAUUUUGCCAUGUGUAAUGUGCAAAAAAAAUUUUUGGCAAAAAUUUUUAGAGAAAAAUAAAGAUGCUCCAAAUUGUACAUGGGUAGUGGUAAUUCCUUAUCUAUAUAAAUAUUUUUAAUUAUUUAUGCUUAUAUGUUAAAAGUGUAACUAUGAAAAAAAUACUAAAGUUCCUUUAUAAUACAAUAAACAAGUACCUAAAUACAAAUAAAAAUUUGAAUUAAAAAAUUAAAAUGAGAAAUUUUUUUUCCUGAAUGUUUGGGUCAAAAUUUGGGUAUUAUACAUGGCAAAAAAUGGUAAAUAGAAUCUUACAGUACAUUCCCUUUUGAGGUCUUGUUUUCACUCAGUAUAAUUCCUUUGAUAGUCAUCCAAGUUAUGUGUAUCAGUAGUUCAUUCCUUUUACUGCUGAAUAGUAUUCCAUGGUAUUGCUGUACUACCAUUUGUGUAACCAUUUACCUAUUUAGAAACAUUUUGAUUGUUUCCAGUUUGGUGCUAUUACAAAUAAAGCUGCUGCUGUGACCAAUUGCAAGUUUUUAUAGAAACAUGAGUUUGCAUUUCUCUGGGAUAAAUGCCCAGGAGUGUAAUUAUUAGGUCAUACAGUAUGUUUUUAGUUUUUUAAGAAACUGACAAGCUGUUUUCCAGAGUAGUUGUAUCAUUUUACAGCAUAAGGGAUCCAGUUUCUCUGCAUCCUUACCAGCAUUUGAUACUGUCUUAUUUUUUGUUUCAGCCAUUCUAAUAGGUAUGUAGUGAUAAUCUCAUUGUGGACUUUUAAAUAUGUUGAGGUUUGUUUAUGUUCUAGGAUACAAUGGUCUAACUUGGUAUGUGUUGAGUCGGGUGCUUGAAAAGAGCAUGUAUUCUGUUGCUGGGUGGAGUGGUCUAUAAAUACUGAUAAAAUUCUGUUGCUUGAUGGUAUUGGUGAGUUCUUGUAUAUCCUUGCUGACUUUCUGUCAAGUUAUUCUAUUGAUUGUUAAAAGAAUGGUGUUGAAAUCUCCACCUGUAUUUGUGGAAUUAUCUACAUCUCUUUUCAGUUCUAGUAAGUUUUUGCUUCAAAUAUUUUGCAGUUCUGUUAUUUGGUACAUACACGUUAGUGAUGCUGUCUUUUUGAUGUAUUGACCCUUUUAUCGUUAUAUAAUGUUCCCUCUUUGUCCCUGGUAAUUUUCUUUGCCCUAUAAAGUCUACAUUAUCUGGCAUUCAUAUAGCUAUGCCUGCUUACUUUAUUUUUUUAAGAGAGAGGGUCUUGCUGUGUUGCCCAAGCUGGAGUACAGUGGCUCACUUGUAGCUCGUUGCAAAUUUGAACCCCUGAGCUUAAGCAGCUCUCUCACCUUGGCCUUCUGAAUAGCGGGAACUAUAGGCGCCCCCCACAACGCCUGGCUAUUUUUAGAGACGAGGUCUUGCUCUGACUCAGGCUGGUCUUGAACCCGUGAGCUCAGGCAGUCCACCCACCUCGGGCUCCCAGGGUGCCAGGAUUACAGGCAUGAGCCACUGCUCUUGGUCUUAAGUGAGUUUCUUAUAGACUGCAAUGCCGUAGAUAGGAUUUUUUUCUCUGCCAACUCUGUCUUAUAAUUGGUGUUUUUAGACUAUUUUCCAAUUAUACGUAAUUAUAGAUAGGGUUUACUUAAGUUAGUCAUUACGGUUUUUAUUCUGUUUUGUUUCUAUUUUAUUUUUCUUGUCUUCUAGUGAGUUACUUGAAUACUUCUUUAGAAUACAAUUUUAAUUUGUUCAAAGUGUUUUUUCUCUGUCUCCUUACAUAGUUUUUUUUUUAAGUGGUUGCUCAAAGUGUUACAUUGUGUAUACAUAAUUUAUCACAGUCUCCUGGUAUCCACAUUAUCCUUUCCCAUUUCUAAUGUAAUUGUUUAUAUACUUUGAGAACCACUUUAGACAGUAUUGUAAGUUUUGCUUCAGAUGUAGUUCAGAAAACUCAAGACAGGGAAAGUCUGUUGUAUUUAUCCAUAUUUUUAUCCUUUCCUUUGUUCUUUCUUCCUCCUUGAUAUGCCAAGAUUCCUUCUUUUAUCAUUUCCUUUGUGCUUAGAGAACUCUCUUUGGCCAUUUCUUUUGUUGUUAGCUAGCAGCAGAUUUAGCGUUUCUUUUCUAAGAAUGUCUUAAUUUCCUUUUCAUUAAUAAAGGAUAUUUUUGUUAGGUACAAAAUUCUGGGUUGACUUUUCUUUCAGUAUUUGAAAAAUGUUGUGAUACUUCUUUGUUUUCUGAUGAAAAAUUCACUGUCAUUUGAAUCAUUUUCCCUUAUAGGUAAGAUGUCAUUUCUUUCUUUGUGCUUUCAAUGUUUUUUUCUUUCUUUUCUUUUCUUUUUUUUUUUUGUUGAGACAGGGUUCCACCCUAUGCCCCUGAGCAGAGUGCAGUGGGCAAUAGCUGACCGCAACCUCAGACUUCGGGCUGUGGGCACCCCGCUGCCUCAGCCUCCGGAAGCCGCUGGGAUUAUGGGUGCUCCCCGUGGAGCCCAGCUGGGUUUUUCCAUUUUUUUCAUGAGUCAGGGUCUCACUGUCACCCAGGCGAUCUUGAACUCCUGAGCUCAAACAAUUCUCCCUCCUCAGCCUCCCAACAGUGCUGGGAUUACAGGCGUGAGCCACCGCGCCCGCCUCUUUUCUUUUUUUUUUUUUUAAAGAGACAGAAUAUGGCUCUGUUGCCCAGGCUGAAAUGCAGUAGUACAAUCGUGGCUGCCCGUAGCCUUAACUCCAGCGCUCAAACCAUCCUCUAUCUCCUGAGUAGCUAGGACUACAGACAUGCCUCACCACACCUAACUAGGUGUUUUUUCUGUUUGGGCGUUUGUUUCCUUUCUUUCAUGACCCCAGUGAUGUGACUAUUAGGUGUCUAGGCAUAGUACCACAGACCUCUGAGGCUCUGUUUUUUGUUUUUUGUUUUUCAGUUGGCUUACUCUUUCUUCAGACUGUAUAAUUUCUAUUUUUCUGUGUCACUCAUUCUUUCCUCUGUUUCUCUGUUCUGCUGUCGAGCCCAUUCUUUGAGGUUUUCAGUUAGGUUCUGUUUUUUAGUUUUAAAAUUUUUGUUCUUUAUAUUUCCUCUUUCCUUCCUGAGAAUUUCUAUUUUUCCUUUGUCUAAAUGCUGAACAUUUUUUAUGAUGGCUGCUUAAAAAUCCUUGUCAGACAAUUCUGAUAUCUGUGACAUCCUGAUGUAUCUUUUUCUCAUUCGAGUGGUUUUUUUGGUUCUUGAUAUGUUCUUUGAACGGUUUUGGAUAAAACUUGGACAUUUGGGGUAUUAUCUGUGAAACUCUAGAUUUUUUUUUAAAUCUGUUUUAACAGACCUUAUCUGACUCUGCUCUGGUAGGGUAAAAGGGAAGCUGCUUUGUUCCUGCUAGGUGGGUUGGAAGUCUAGGAUCCCCAUUUGGCUUUUACUGACAUUGGUGUGGGGAAGACACUCCUGUUGACUGCUAGGUAGAGGUGGGAGUAUCAACUCUUCACUAGGAACUAGGGACCGUACGUAGAUGCAAUCCUGGCUGGAAUGGAAAGAGAUAGCCUGUUAGUCUUCCUCAUGUGGUCUCAGCUAAUGCUGUGGGGGUUGCAUGGCCUCAUUUGCAUGGCCUCACUGCAUGGCAGUGGUAAAUGUCUUGACUUUCCCCUAGGCUUUUGCCAGAUGGGACCAGGGCACUCCUUACCCCUGUGCUGACUUACUUUGCUUAACAUGUCUUUCUCUAAGCUCAUCUGUGUUGUGGAUAGGGAUGGAUAUCUAGGCCAGCGGUUCUCAACCUAUGGGUUGUGACCCCUUUGGACUGGUUUUUUUUUUUUUUUUUUGUAGAGACAGAGUCUCACUUUAUGGCCCUGGGUAGAGUGCUGUGGCAUCACACAGCUCACAGCAACCUCCAACUCCAGGGCUUAAGCGAUUCUCUUGCCUCAGCCUCCCAAGUAGCUGGGACUACAGGUGCCCGCCACAACG